ACAAAAUCGUGUUUCAUUACCAUAAUUUGUCACUUCGCAAAAUGGUGGAUUUCUUUGCAAUAGAAAUACAAACGGUUAAGAAGUGCGUAAAAGUGUACUUCGAGCACAUGUGUUGUAAUUAAUCAUUGAAAUACAUGUAUUACAUAUUUAAGUAAAGCGUUGUGGAAGUUAGUGCACUGCAUAUAAAUCGAACAAAACAAGAUGGAUAACAGCAAAAUUGCCAGCUUGUUUAUAUUAUUUGGACUAUCAACCAUUUGCGGAUUUCUUUCCAUUCUUCUGUUAAAAUGUUUGAUCAGAAAAUUUGGGACUUCAAGUAAAGUUAACCUGGUCGUUAGUUGGUUGGACUGCUUUUCUGGCGGGGUGUUUUUCGCAGCAACGGUUUUGGACCUUUUACCGGAAGCGCGCGAGGUGAUGGAAAAUGCGCUGAAGCACUAUGACUUUGAAACGGAAUAUCCGCUCACGGAACUGCUUUUAUGUGUAGGUUUCUUCUCUAUGUUAUUCGUUGAACAUUUAUCUCAUUUCCUCUGCUCACCGAGAAAAGUGGAAAAAUCCAACGAGGCAAACGCAGAGCCUCAAAAACACGAAGACGUUGCAAUAGAAGUACACGGUAAACACAGCGAGAACACGGUCAUCUUCGAGUCGUGUAUCGACAGUUCUGUAAGUCAAACGUAUGGCGCCAUUGGCCAACCUGGCAAAGAAAAAUCACCGGUCUGGUCAGCAAUUCCUACAGACAGUUUCGCCACCGACACCAAAAAUAAAAGCAGUCUCAGCGUUGCCUUUACUAGUGAUGACGGUAAGAAUCCAGACAUUCGAAACGCUGAAUCGACCAACUUUUUAUCAGACGCAAAUACUUCGACGGAGCCAAGAACAGAAGAGGGCAAGCGUUCAAAAAUUCGGGGAGCGGUUCUACUUAUAGCUCUGUCACUUCAUAUGAUAUUUGAUGGUCUCGCACUUGGCCUGUUGACAGAGACGUCCGCCGUUUGGCAACUUCUGGGGGCGCUUUCUGUUCACAAAUGUCUUGUGUUUUUCACGAUUGGCAUCCAGUCAGUUGAAAUACUGUCGUCAUCGAAGAAAGCGGCAUGCAUAGUUAUUGUCUUGGCCCUUGUCAGUCCACUCGGCCUCCUUAUCGACGAAGCUAUAAAUAGCUCCGAUGACGUCAUCACACGGGACACCGUUUCAGCGGUACUUCAAGGAAUCGCCACGGGGACUUUCCUUUUCGUGACAUUCUUUGAGAUUUUGUUACGUGAACUUGGUUCACAUAACUCAACGCUUCUGAAAAUUAUUUUCAGUUUCUUUGGAUUUGUACUUAUGGCACUUGUUCGUCUGCUAGCGCAUGAGGAUUAAACGCAAAUCUACGCAUGCGCAUUUGUAAGACAAUGUUUAAACACGAUUUCAAUGAUCAUGGGUCAUUAAGUACAGCACGUCUUAUGUUCUAGACUACACUUUAAGCCUUGGACCCAUUGCACGAUAUUUACGGUUAUGUAUACAUGUACAUGUAUACACAAAAUGUGUUAAUAUAAAAACGAAUAGUUGUGUGGAUUUUUUUUAUUCAAGCUUUAAAUUAUAGACAAUUAACAUAUACGGCAUGCUGCCAUUUGGCUUAUAUGUUAAAUAACUUUUUUGCAAGCAUGUUAUAUUUUUCGGGUGCAACUGUCUAUGCAUUAUAUAAUAAAUUUGACAUUUAUUUAUCGCGAAAACUUAUGCAGCGGCAUAUUUGAACAUCAAUUGAGCACAUUUUCUUUUUUUAAUGAAUACACAAUUCAAUUGCUUAACGUAUUAUAAUGUCUGAUGCAUUAUUACGUAAGAUUAAAAUUUACACAACUGUUUAAAUAAACAUUUUAAACAAACUUCCUAGGAAUGAAAAACUUGCACACUAAGACUGGCCAUAAUGUUAUGUUAUUAUCAGACCGUUCUGUGCGUUAAAAGCGGUUACGGAUGCGCAAAUAACCCCACAUGUGCAGGGAUUCAUUUAUUAAAACCCAAAGUGGAUUUAAUGAUUCCUUUUACAUUAGACGUGAACGUGAAGUAUUCAAGUUAGUAAGGAAUUCACUUCAAUGAAGACUACGUGAAAACAGAAGUGCACUAACCUUUCAAUGCCAGCGCUCGUUCAAACAUGAUUGUUGCAUUAUUACGGUUUCGCCCAAAGCAGUGAAGCUGUUUUUAAUGCUUCUUACUUCACGUAGACCUGUAGACAAGCAAGCUAAUGGUCCAGACUAUGGUCCACGUCUUUUCCAGCACUGCAUUUUAGGACACAUAAAAGGACAGCAAACUUCUUUCCCAAGCCGUCAUAUGGAAAACAAUUUUGUAUUUUGAAAAGUAGCACGAAUUUAAUAAAUUUUCAGCUGAACGCAUUAUUAUAGCAUACAUGUACAAAAUAAAAUAUGAACGAAAUAGGAUCUGUAAUCAUUGCAAUUCAGAGAUUAUGGUGUUAUUUAACCCAUUUAUGCCCAGUGGAAUCUCCCAUCCUUCAAAAUUGGAUCAAUUUAUUUCCGAAAUUAGGGAUGUCCAGUAUACUUAUUUCUAUAUUUAGAAUAUUUCUUACAGAAAUCCAUUUAAGCAAACAGCGCAGACCCUGAUGAGACGCCGCAUUAUGCGGCGUCUCAUCUGGGUCAACGCUGUUUGCCAAGGCCUUUUUUCUAGACGCUAGGCAUAAUUGGGUUAAAGUAGGCACGUGGGGCGGUCAUAAUUAUAAAAACAACGGGUAUCCGUAAAAACACGCUUUCCGAUUCCAUUAAAUGGUGCUAGAGUUCUUUUGCUUCUUUGAAAAUUCGCGUAGGCUCGGGAUUAAAAAAAAAAGCAAUAUGUUUGAUAUUUGUAUGUAACAUUAUGCUGUUUUGUAUAUAGUUUUAAGCAUAUUUAAAAUAAGUAAAAUAGUUGAACUUCUCUGAAAUAACUGUCAAUUGCGUUAUACAGCUUAACCGUCGACCUUAAAUUAAAAAAAAAAAAAUAAAUAAUCCAUCAUGCUUGUUUUCCAAUCAAAUUUGUUUUAAAAAUGAUCUGUUAAUAUUAACUAAAGUAAUAUAUAUGAAACUGUUAACUUUUUUUCUACACAAUAACACGAGAAAGCUUCCUUUCCAAACGAAUGUGCCUAAAUUAUGUUAUUAUUAAAAAAAAUUCAUACAUGAAUAUAAAUACUAAAAUAUUUAUAACAUGUAUAACAUGAUAAAUCUAGAAUAUUAGUUACACAAUUACGUUUAAGCUCACAUAAUUUAAAUAUUGAAACUUGCAGGUAUUCAAAAAUAAAUAAAUACAUAAUAUAAAUUGUGUAUAAAAUAAUGUUCAACAAACGCCGUUGAAUCUGAAUAUAAUUGUAAUUAUAGUGAAAUAUGUAUACCGAUAUAAAAAAAGACAUACUGGCAAUUUAUCAUGGCCUUCAAUAAACAUGUUUAUAAGUAUAUAAUAUCAGCUGUUAUUUCUCAAGAAAUUGCACACAUGUUGCUAAAUAUUGUCAUAAUGACAUGCUUUUACGCCAUGAAUUAUUUUCUCAUUGAUGUACGAACUAUAUUUGGUUUGGUUUACGUAUUAUAUGCAUUUAAGUGCACAGGUUUUAUUAUAUAUGUCCUCUUGUAGUUUGAUCAUAAUGUUUAUAUAGUUUGUCAAUGGCCCAUUCGAAUACUUAAGCCGUUUAUGCUUAUAAACGAACUGAAACGAAUUUAAUGCACAACAUCUCUUUUGCUUUAGAUUUCUUUGUUGAAUAUUUUCAUAAAUUCGUUUUAUUUACAAAUUAAUAACAAUACUUAUCUUAUGUCACCUUACUUUUCAUUUUUCUUCGGUUUAUUGUAAAAAUCGAAAUAAGUUGUUCCGUUUUCUUUUUGUUGUAUUUACUCUAAUGGGUUAAUUGCUUUUUACACUUAGUAGGUAUAAUCUAUUUUAUGCACAUAGCAUAUGGCUGCUUUAAUUUUAAUUAAAAUUGAUAUUAUAAUUUCUUGAAAUAAUGUGACAAUAUCCCGGAUAGACAAUUCAAAAUAUAAUUUAAAACCUCAUUCGGGCAAAAUUACAAUGCUUAGGUCGCAUGCAUUAGCAGCUGUAGUCGUUCAUGACCAGUUUUAUUUGCUUAUCUUUGCGGAUAUGUGUUGUUCAACCUUAUUGGUCGUAUGUGUUAUAUUAUCGGAUUGGUUUUAAAUAAUGAUUUGAAAUUGAG